AUACACACAUACAGGAGUCUAAAACGUUACUAGUCUAGAUCUAGAUUUAUACUCAUACUGGGGACGCCAUUUUAGGCAGGAAGAACAGGUUCACAACACAAGACGCAUAACUCACAAAGACUAUAAGGACUAUAACUUACAUAUCAAGUAUUAACACAAACAAUGUAUAAAUGGAUUAUAUUUUUAAAAUUCUUGGUUUAUGCCUAGAGAUUAGAAGAUAGAUGGGAAUAUUCACCAAAAAGAGACAAGAAAAUGAGUCAGUGGUAAAGCUAGAUCCAAUAUUGCUCACAGUAUGUUUACAUAAUUGCUUAUUGAAUGGAUAAGAAAAUCUGUGAUCUGUCCACUCCUUGUUUCCUUGUGGACCUGGAGAAAACAAAGAGAAAUUGUGAGCACAUGAUUCGUACUUGUAAAGAACUUAAUCUACGUCUUAGACCUCACACAAAGACUCAUAAAACAAUAGAGGCAGCUAUUCUUCAAACAAAUGGAACAAAACGGUGUAUAGCUGUUUCUACAUUAGCUGAGGCAGAGUUUUAUGCCAACAAUGGUUUUGAUGAUAUUCUAUUAGCAUAUCCAGUAACAGAGGAUAAAAUUCAAAGAUGUCUAGCUCUUGUGAAACAGCUAGACAAAUUUCAAGUUAUGGUAAGUGGUAAUGAUGGUUUGCAGUGUUUGGAGGAUCAUAUCAGCGAUCUCCCGGAGGGAAAAGUUUGGUUUGUAGUCAUAGAGGUGGACUUGGGAUACGGAAGAACUGGCUUUCCUUGGGAUAGUGAUGAUUUGAUUAAGACUGCUAAGGCAGUGAGCUUAGCUACAAAAAUGAAGCUAGAACAGCUGUAUGCACAUUGUGGCAAUUCAUAUGCUGUGAAAUCGAUAAAAGAAAGACAGGAUCUGCAAUACGAAAAUAUUGCAAGACUUAGGAAACUUCAGGCUAAGCUGAACAUCGAUUGUUCUAUAGGAGUUGGCUCUACACCAACAUGUAGUCUCCCUUUAGAUGACAACAAACUGCUUUCUGAGUUCCAUCCUGGCAAUUAUGUUUUUUAUGACUAUAUGCAGCAUCUGAUUGGCUCGUGCACUGAAUCUAGCAUAGCUUGCAGAGUAAUGACAAGAGUGAUUGCUCACAAGCAAGAAAAAAAUACCAUCCUAAUAGAUUGCGGUUUUACGGCUCUCGGCCAUGAUGGUAAAAAGGAAAGACUUCCUUUAUUAGAUUUUUGUUUGAUUCAGGGUGAAAGCAAUCUUAAACUUAUCGAGAUGUCACAAGAGAUAGGGAAAAUAGCAGCCAAAGAAGGAGAACUAGACUGUAGACUUUAUCCAAUUGGAACCAUUUUAUAUAUUAUUCCAUAUCAUAGUUGCUGCACCAGUGCUUUACAUGCGGAGUAUCAAGUUCAUGUUGGAGAUACUGUUGUUGAAACCUGGAAACCUGUUAGAGGGUGGUAAAUGAUAAUCAGCAAGCACUCUGCCAACAGUUUCAACAAAUCUUUACUGUCUUUAUUCCAUGUUUUUUAAUGUAACAAUUUAUGGAAUGUGCCUUUAAAGUUUUAAAUUAUAAUUAUAGUUCAAUAUUAGUGUAUGCAGAUUUUUAUGUUUUUUUUUUCUUUUUUUGAUAUAAUAUAUACAAUAUGUAUUGAAAUUCUAAAAUCUAACAGCUGUAAACAUGUAUAUCAAUCAAAUUUUUAGCUGUUGGUUUCAAAGUAAAUUGAAUUCUUGUACUUUAAAGACAUAGAAAACUCAAAACUGAAACCUCUAGUGUUAAUUCUUGAGCCAGGACAGCAUAUGCCAUUGCUAAAAUUGGCAACUACUUGAUAUACAGACUUAUGAUGCAGUUUGUGCAUGAAAGUGAUUCUAUCUUAGGGCUAUUCACUUGAAUAACUUUGUUCAUUUAAUACUGCCUCAACCAUUUGUGCUCUGCAUCGUGCCAAAGUAGGGGACCUGGGGGCUGAUUGGUAAAGCAUUAGGCUUCUGAAACAAGAGCUCUCUGAUUCAAAUCUCGGUGAAGAUUGAUUUUGAAUAUAAAUAUUUUUUAGGAUGACCCUGAGUAUACUUAACUCUAAUGUGUACCUGAUACCCUCUUUAACAAUUGUCAAUAGAAACAGAUGACCUUUAUAUAAUAUGCCCUUUAGAUCGCAAAGGUCUGAAAGGGGUAUAUCAUGCCAACAUACAUUAGGUAAAUUGAAUAAAAUGAGUCUUAUUUCAUGUCUUGGAUUCUAA